CCAAUCAGUCAUACUCACACCCGAAUACAUCAAGUCCCAAAGGUCAGCUCUACACACCGUUCUCGCCUUCCUCUCCCUCCUCAGAGACUCCCCACGAAUUCAGGAUGAGAUCCUCUGCCAUCUGGCUGACCUCGGCAUAGAACGCUCCCAAUCGUGCACGAAUCCGUUCCUCAUUGAUUCGUGCACGCUCCGCCUCGUCCCUUCUAACGGGUGAGGGCGGGAGACGAUCAUAUUCAAACUCGCUGCCGGUGUCGGGGUUGAUCACGGCCCUCUCAGCCCCUUCUCGACGUCUCGGCAGCCCAUGCAGACCAUGGUCAAAAGGCCACUUAGAUGAGUCAGACGCUGGCGCCAUGGAACGGGGCGGGGACGGGAGCUGCAGAGGGGUUGGCCGCAAGUCGGUUGCUGGUAUCGGUUGUUGAGUGGCUGGCGCAGACAGGGGGCGAAGAGACAGCUCUUGGGGGGCAUGUGUAGGCGGCUCAUCCUCCGCCGGUGGCUUCGUCGGGUCGGACGACUCAUCGUCCCAGUCGGCUCUGCGGCCAAUGACAUCUGGAAACAUACACAAAUACACGCAUGUCUCCUUCAUAACGUCAUGAAAACGAUUCAAGAGCCACACCAGUCAUGAGUUUUGCGAGUGGCUGCGCCUGUCCCUCAGCAAGCUCCGGCUUCGAAGCCAGCCUCUCCUCUACGCAGACGACAAGACAUACAGUGCAAGGACUGCAUGGGAUGCCGCGUGUGGAUCCAUGCAUGCAUUCGUACCCAGCUUCUUUUGCUGCCUCCUUUCUCGGCGAAAUUCUCGCUCCGCCCUUUGCCGGUUGACUUGCUCCUCAGGAGCGGUCCGAUGCUUCGAACCGUCGAGGGGGCCCCAGAGCGUCCCAGUCACAGGAUGGUGCAGUAGCUGCCGAGGUGGAUGCUCGGCAGGAAGGGAGUGGGAGUCGCGUUUGUAAGGCUCCACUGGCAGCCGUCCAGUCUCUUGUCGUUCCGUCAUCCCGAAUAGACACGUGCGAAGCUUUUUCCGCGAACAGCUG